UAUACUCUGUACAGUCGCGUAUAAUCAUAAUCGCGAAGCUCCAAGCUCCGAUGAUCGAUGUCACGAUCAGCUGUGUCGCUCCAUACGCGCUGCGCUCGACAAGUCACGCUACUGCGAGGAACGUGCGACGUCUGUUGAAAGACGUCACGCGACGCGCAUCCAAAUAACGACGUAUAUUACAACAAUAACAGCAGCCAGCAGUAGGCGUACGACAUUCGCAAGCGCUUGGCGCUGUAACAAGGAUGGUAGAGCCUCUUUUUGAUUAUCAGUUUCGGCUGAUACUGAUCGGCGACAGUACAGUUGGCAAAAGUUCUCUCCUCAAAUACUUCACCGACGGCAAAUUCGCAGAGCUUUCAGAUCCAACGGUUGGUGUGGAUUUCUUUGCACGAUUAAUAGAAGUUAAAGAUGGGACAAGGAUAAAAUUACAAUUGUGGGAUACAGCUGGUCAAGAGAGAUUUAGGUCAAUUACAAAAUCUUACUACAGAAAUUCUGUGGGAGCCCUUCUCAUAUAUGAUGUAUGUAAUAGAGCAAGCUUCGAACAUAUUCCUCAAUGGAUGAUGGAGGCACGCAGACAUAUCGAACCACAUCGUCCUGUAUUUGCUUUGGUAGGCUGUAAGUUGGAUCUAGUAACUAAUGGUGGUAGACGGGAAGUAUCAAAGGAAGAAGCCAGAGCAUUUGCUGACGAACAUGGUAUACAUCAUAUUGAAACCAGUGCGAAGACUGGUAUAAAUGUCGAAGAAGCGUUUCGAGCGGUUACGCAGGAAGUUUAUAAUAGGAUACAAACUGGUGAAUAUAAAGUAGAGGAUGGUUGGGAUGGCAUCAAAACUGGAUUUGCUAGACCUGGCGGUUUAGAUUUUAAUCUAGUGGAGGCAGAACCGGCAAAGACUUCAUGUUGUUAAAUUGCUAUUUUGAUUUAUUAAGGAUAAAUAAUAUCAUUCAAUAAACAAGGAUUGAGCAGUUUUAUUAAUUGAUCUUUUUGUGGGAUAAUAAAAUAUUACUUCUAAAUGACAAUAUACGAGAUUUAUUAUUUGUACUACAAUGCAUCAUCUUGCGUAAAGAAGAUAAGAUCUAAAAUUGUGGUUUACUAGACAAGAUAUAAAAUUAUAGAUGUAUAAAAUAAACAGAAACAUAUGUCUCUCACUACUUCAUCACAAUUUAAUUCCUGAUAAAUCGUUAUUGAUGAUGCCAGAGUUUGAAAAUAUUGAAUUGUAACAUAUAUACUUAGCAUAUACAUUGUUAAUGUUAGUAUGAUAUUGUUAAGUUGCUUGCUUUAUGUAUCAUAUAAACAACUUAAAUACAGCACCAAAGUAUAUAGAAAAUAUAUAUAUAUAUAUUAAUAUAUACAUUAUAUAUAUUUUAAAUUGGAAUAUGAGAUUUUUUAUAUAAACUUACGCGCUAUUUUGAAUAUACCUCUUUUCUGUAAGUUUUACAAACAGAGAAUAUUUUUCAAACUGUCGGUACAUAACUUGUAUACAAAAAGUCAACAUUGUAUAAUUUAUAUUUAAUUCGAAAAUGUCAUUAUACAUGCAUAAAAAUAUUUCUUCAAACUUAAUAUUAAUAUACACAUACACACAUGCGUAAUAUUUUUAAGUAAAUCUUUACAGUCUGUAAGUAGUAAUGAAUGAAAUUGAGAGAAUAUAAUCUUUCUUUACUACAUUUUAUACUCAGCUGUAUAAAAAAAGAAAAUAAAAAUUGUAGAUAAUUUUAUAAAUACAUAUAUUGAAGAUUA